AUGGCCAAGCGGAAGCAGCCUCUGUCCUUCCAGGAGUACUUCUUCGACCCGGAAGUACUGACCGAAGGGGAGUUGGCACCGAACGACAGGUGCUGCCGGAUCUGCGGCAAAAUCGGGCACUUCAUGCGCGACUGCCCUCUGCGGAGAAAGUUACGGAGGCGGCGGGAUUUCGAAGACCCUAAAGGCCAGCGGUGCCCCGACGGCAAGGAGAAGAAGAUCCGAGAGGACCGAGAGGCCCAGAGCAGGAGCGUGGAGAAAGAGUCGUCGGCGACACCGGAAGGCAGAAAGAAGCAGAAGGCCAAGGCGUCUUCGAGCCCCCGGUCAGGCAGCCUUCCCAGUAGAUACCCGACUCAGGGAAAAGCCUCCCCGAAGAAGACGCAAGGCGAAUUCUGAGGGAGCCAGCAGCCGCGUCGGACGAGCGAACGCAAUUGGGAUUCAAGCAUCCGAGGCCCCCGGGCCGACAGCACAUAUCAGUAUUUAACUUGUAUUUCAAGAAAAUGGCGAGUUUUGCCUUCGGCGAA